GAUUGUUUUCAUAUUUUUCUUUUCAUUCGGUGUCCCAUCUGUCCUCUUGUUGUUGUUUCGUUUUCGCUUGUGACUUUGGGCUGUGCGGCAAUGUAGCGAUUUUUUUCAGGCUAGGUAUCUAGCUACUGCGUGCGCGGACACCUUUCUCAUAUGACGGUUAUUUUGGCUAAUUUUUUGAAAUGGUAUAAAAGCUCGGCGCUGCCAGUUAGCCAGCAUCAGUCAGUUGACUCUUGUGAGCUGUUCGACAUCAACAUGAAGGUAUUUGUCUGUGUCCUUGUUUGUGCUGCCUAUGCAUCGGCCGGUUUUUUGAGCGGCGGCGGUGGUGGUGACAGCGGUGGAUGGCAAUCAGGUGGUGGUGGUGGCGGCUGGCAAAGUGGCGGUGGUGGUGGCGGCGGCUGGCAAAGUGGCGGUAGCCUCGCUCCAACCAAGAUCAUCAAAGUGAUUGAGGACCAAGGACAUGGAGGUGGACAUGGUGGAUACUCUGGCGGACAUGGAGGUGGACAUGGUGGUGGACAUGAUGAGCAAGUCAUCAAGAUUGUUCGCGUUCAAGGAGGACAUGGCGGCGGCGGCGGCGGCGGCCAUGGUGGAUACUCAGGCGGUGGUCAUGGAGGUGGACACGCUGCUCCCGUUAAAGUUAUCAAGUUGAUCGAUGGUGGAUUCGCUGGCGGUCAUUCAGGAGGACAUGGCGGCGGCGGUCAUGGUGGAUACUCAUCAGGACCAGCUCCACAAGUCAUUAAAGUCAUCAAAAUCCAAGGUGGACCACCAAGCGGUGGCCAAGGAUGGCCAUCUGGUGGUAUCUGGCCAUCAAACGAUCACCAAGGCUGGACUGCCGGUGCCGGUGGCUGGGAUUAAGCCCAAUAUAUACAUCAAUUUUGAUGAGAAUUUUGUACAAAAAUAAAUCAAUUGUUGAAUCGUAACACAUUAGAGAACAAAAAUUAUAAUCACAACCGGAAGUUACCAAUCGCUCUAAAAAGAGAAACCCGAGGAGUCCUCUCUAUUCGAAAAUUCCAAACGAAAAAAAAAAUUGUUUUCAUUGUCUUUUUUUUAUACGACGAAUAAAUAUGUAUUUAUUAAAAAUUU